GUAUUGCAUGAUUUCUGACUGGGAAGUAGAAUUCGUGUGUCAGCUGCAAUACAUGUGGCGAUAAGCAAAGUUGUCAGUUUCGUAUGUUGGAUACAAAUCAAUAGUAAGAAACAGCAUGGCGAGCGACCAGGAGGUGGCAGCAGUUGGUCAGAUUCUGGCAAACGGGAAACAGGACCUUUCGACGCGGUUCCGAGCUCUGUUUACCCUGAGGAACCUGGGCGGGGCAGAAGCCAUCUGCUGGAUCAGCAAAACGUUCGAGGAUGAGUCGGCGUUGCUGAAGCACGAGCUGGCAUACUGUCUGGGACAGAUGCAAGAUGAAAGAGCCAUCCCAACCCUGGAGGCCGUGCUGAAGGACACCACACAGGACCCCAUGGUCAGGCACGAAGCAGGAGAGGCUCUGGGUGCCAUCGGCAACCCCAAGGUCUUAGACUUGCUGAAGGAGUACUCGGAGGACCCGGUUGUCGAGGUGGCAGAGACGUGCCAGCUGGCUGUGAAGCGUCUGGAGUGGCUAAUGGGAGGCGGCGGGGCGAAGAAGGAGGACGGAGCUACAGACGGGAACCCCUACUUCUCCGUAGACCCCGCCCCCCCGGCGUCCAAGCAGGAUGUGGCGGACCUGCGGCGCCAGCUAUUGGACGAGAGCCUGCCGCUGUUUGAGCGCUACAGAGCCAUGUUCGCCCUGCGUAACCUGGGGACGAAGGAGGCUGUGCUGGCCCUGGGGGAUGGCCUGCAGUGCGGCAGCGCCCUCUUCCGCCACGAGAUCGGCUACGUGCUGGGCCAGGUGCAGCACGAGGCCAGCGUGCCCCAGCUGCGGGCCGCCCUGGAGCGCCAGGACGAGAGCCCCAUGGUGCGGCAUGAGUGCGCCGAGGCGCUGGGCUCCAUCGGCCGCCAGGAGUGCAUGGAGGCGCUGGAGACACACCGGCGCGACCAGGAACGGGUGGUGAAGGAGAGCUGCGAGGUGGCCCUGGACAUGCUGCGCUACGAGAACAGCGGGCAGUUCCAGUACGCAGACGGGCUGGCGAGGCUAUAGGGGC